AUGGCCAGAAGCAUGCUUGAGUGGACGAGAGUACCAAUGUUUAUCAUCCUCUCCAUCCUUGGUAUCACUAGUGUAACCAGCACCAAUGCAAUUGCAUCACAAAAGAGCCCGUUUGUACCUCAAGACAACUACCUCAUUAGCUGCGGGGCAUCUGGUUCUGUGCAGCUUGAUGAUGGCAGGACAUUCCGCUCUGAUCCAGAGUCGGUAUCUUUUCUGUCCACCCCAAUGGACAUCAAGAUCACAGCUAACAAUUCUCCAACUGCUGCUUCACCAUUAUCCCCACUGUACCUGUCUGCAAGAGUUUUCUCUGAUGUUUCAACUUAUAGCUUCUUUGUCUCGCAGCCUGGCCGCCAUUGGAUCCGUCUCUACUUCUUACCUAUCCCUGACAAAAAAUACAACCUCACCUCAGCAACAUUCUCUGUGUUCACUGACAAUAUGGUUCUUCUCCAUGACUUCUCCUUCAUAGCCAGUCCCCCUAACCCCAUCCUUAAGGAGUAUAUUGUUGUAACACAGGGAGACACCUUGAAGAUCAUUUUCACCCCAAAGGACUCAAUAGCAUUCAUCAAUGCUAUUGAAGUUGUCUCAGCUCCACCCACCCUAAUCCCAAAUACCACCAAUGGCCUGCCUCCUCAAGAACAAUUUGACAUCUCCAACAAUGCAUUGCAGCUUGAGGCAGCAGCACAGGCGGCUUGGGUUCCUCCUAGAACCAUCAAGUACCCUGAUGACAAGGCAGUCACACCACUCAUUGCUCCAGCAAACAUAUACUCAACGGCACAGCAGGCAGCAUCGACAAAUACCUCGCAAGCAAGAUUCAACAUAACUUGGGAAAUGGAAGCAGAGCCAGGAUUCAAGUACCUCAUCCGCCUACAUUUCUGUGAUAUUAUAAGCAAGGCACUCAAUAGCCUCUACUUCAAUGUCUACAUAAAUGGCAUGAUGGGUGUAUCCAACCUUGAUCUCUCAAGCUUGACAAUGGGCCUUGCAGUAGCCUACUACCAGGACUUUACCGUGGAUUCAUCCAGCAUCAUCAACUCCACUCUUCUAGUGCAGGUUGGCCCAAGCACAACCGAUUCCAGCAAUACUGAUGCCAUCCUUAAUGGCCUUGAAGUCAUGAAAAUAAGCAACCAAGCAAAAAGCUUAGAUGGCCAAUUUUCACCAAAAACAAGCUCACAACUUGGUAAGAGGAUACUAACUGGCAUAGGUCUUUCUGUGGCAGUGAUUGCAGCUGCAUUGGCCAUAGUGAUGUGCUGCAGGCGAAACCGAAGGCCAGAGUGGCAGAAGACAGACAGCUUCCAUUCGUGGUUCCUUCGGCUCAACUCCAACCAGUCCAGCUUCAUGAGCAGCUGCAGCAGGCUCUCCAGAAAUCGCUUUGGCUCCACAAGGACCAAAAGUGGUUUUUCUAGCCUGUUUGCAUCUAGUGCUUAUGGACUGGGCCGCUAUUUCACCUUCACUGAAAUUCAGAAAGCCACAAAAAACUUUGAAGAAAAGGAUGUCAUUGGUGUCGGUGGCUUUGGGAAGGUUUAUCUUGGUGUUCUUGAGGAUGGUACAAAGCUAGCUAUCAAGAGAGGCAAUCCAUCUUCUGAUCAAGGUAUGAACGAAUUCUUGACUGAAAUCCAAAUGUUGUCAAAGCUUCGUCACCGCCACCUGGUUUCACUCAUCGGUUGCUGUGAUGAGAAUAAUGAGAUGAUCCUGGUUUAUGAGUUCAUGUCAAACGGUCCACUCAGGGAUCAUCUAUAUGGUGGUACAAAUCUGAAGCCUCUAUCUUGGAAGCAACGCUUAGAAAUUAGCAUUGGGGCAGCAAAAGGCCUGCAUUAUCUUCAUACAGGUGCAGCUCAGGGUAUAAUUCACCGCGAUGUCAAGACUACCAACAUUCUCCUUGAUGAAAAUUUUGUGGCCAAGGUUGCUGAUUUUGGCCUAUCAAAAGCUGCUCCAUCCCUUGAGCAAACCCAUGUCAGCACUGCUGUCAAAGGAAGUUUUGGCUACCUUGAUCCAGAGUACUUCAGACGUCAACAACUAACAGAGAAAUCAGAUGUAUACUCGUUCGGGGUGGUACUCUUUGAGGUACUGUGUGCAAGGCCAGCCAUCAAUCCAGCACUUCCAAGAGACCAGGUGAACCUCGCAGAAUGGGCCCUUACAUGGUACCGCAAGGGAGAGCUCAACAAAAUAAUUGAUCCUCACAUUGCAGGUCAAAUCAGGCCUGAUUCACUUGAGAUGUUUGCUGAGGCUGCUGAAAAAUGUCUUGCUGACUAUGGAGUUGACCGUCCAUCAAUGGGAGAUGUUUUGUGGAAACUUGAAUUUGCCUUGCAACUUCAAGAAAAGGGUGAUGUUGUUGAUGGAACCAGCAACAGGAUACCAAUGAAGCGCUUCAACGACUCAGUGUAUGAUGACAUGGAGAAAUCUAGCAGUGCAGGGCCACCUGUUCAAGGAAGAUAA